ACAAAAUUCAUCGGUCCUCUGCUACCCCCUCUCAAGAAAAAAAAAUAAACUGCCCUGGCUGAUUAAACUAAUUGGAAAAAUGCAAUAGCAUAAGAAUGAGGGUGGCAGGCAGUGGAUGGAUUAAACAGUGGAGUCGUGUCACCUCACCAUCCAUCAAUAAAUAGCUAAUCUCCAAAACCAAUCGCGAAUCGCCACCUGAUUCUAUCACCACACCAACCUCUUCUCUACCUCGAGGAAACCAUUCUCCUUCAAAUUCACAAUUGGAUGAGAGAUUGUACUUACCGAAAACACCCCCGGCUUCCUCUGUUUUCAUUUUCCGACUUAGCAAACGGAAAAAGAAAUGACAGUGACCGCGGUUUUCUCAAGACUCUCAGACGACGUCGUCCUCAACAUCCUCUCCAAACUAGAAGACGAUCCACGCAACUGGGCCCGCCUCGCUUGUGUCUGCUCCAGAUUCUCCUCUCUUUUACGCGACAUCUGCUGGAGAUCCAAGUGCCAUAAAACCAUCCCCUCUGUUGUAGCCGAUCUCCUCCCCUCCCCUGACUCCUCCUUCCCCGGCGGCUGGUCUGCCCUCUACAAGCUCGCCGUUUGCUGCCCUGGCCUCCUCCACGCCGGCGUCCUUCUCGAGCUCUCCGAUUUUGGCCUGGAACGCGAGCUUGGCCCCGACGAUUAUUUCCGCAAAUCGAAAACCACACCGUCCAUACCCCACCAACCACAACAAGCGUCUGAUUCUUGUUCUAAUUUGGAAAACUGCGAUUCAUCUUGGUCCUUAUUUGACGAUUUAUAUUACGACACCGUCUACAACGUAUCUGAAUCACAGGAUGGGGCUGCUGCUAGCUGUGAAACGAAUGAAGAUGUUAUCGGUGAUAAUGACGAUAAAAGUAUUGAUGUUGUUGACAAAGCAGGCCUCGAUUUUUCUGUAAGCAAGAGAAGGAAAAUUUGUUGUAGAUCUUCGAGGUCUCAUUUGGCAUCUGGGGUUUGGAAUUUGUGCAGAGAACAAGGGAAUAAGCUAUUAGCGAGUCGGUUUCGAGGGGAUUGCUUGUACAUUUGUGAUUGGCCCGGCUGUGUUCACACUGAAGAGAAGAGGAAUUAUAUGUUGUUUAGAGGGAUUUUUAAGAAUUUUAAGAAAUCUAGGGUUUGGAGAACGGUGCAUGAUGGGAAUAGGAGCAAGACUGAUUUGAAUUGUGCGUUUUGUGAGUGUAAGGAGACUUGGGAUUUGAAUUCUGCGUUUUGUUUGAAGAGAGGGUGCGGGUAUCAUGAUGACGGUGAGCCUGUUGUUCGGGCUUAUGUUUGUGAAAAUGGGCAUGUCUCCGGUGCUUGGACUGAUUGGCCAUUGUACACUUGAUGCUUCUUGUUUUAGAAUUUAGAGUUUCUCUCGCAUUAUGGUUUAACUUAUUUUAAUGUGGUUUU